CCAGGGGCUUGGGUCGUGCUCCGCCGGUCGCUUCCUGCACUGCCACGCCACUGGCCACCACCUUCUUACCUGCCCUCUGCAUGUUCUUACGUUGGGUCGAUCCUGCAGGCGCGCUCGCGUCGGUUUGUGGGUGUGCGCAGGCGCGGUGGGGACAUUAGCCGGGUUGGGUGGGCGGUGGAGCCCGGGAGCGCGCGGGCGAGACCAUGGCGGGCAGCGGCGCGGGGGGCGGUGGUGGGGAGACGAAGGUGAUUUACCAUCUGGAUGAAGAAGAGACUCCUUACCUGGUGAAGAUCCCAGUCCCCGCCGAGCGCAUCACCCUUGGUGAUUUCAAGAGCGUUCUGCAGCGACCCGCGGGCGCUAAGUACUUUUUCAAGUCUAUGGAUCAGGAUUUCGGUGUGGUGAAGGAAGAAAUUUCAGAUGACAAUGCUCGCCUUCCCUGCUUCAAUGGAAGGGUGGUAUCCUGGUUAGUGUCAUCGGAUAACCCCCAAAUGGAAAUGGCUCUGACAACCCAUGAGUCUCGGUCUGAACUGGCGCCUCCACCCCCUCCAUUGCCCCCCUUACCACCAGAGAGGACCAGUGGCAUUGGGGACUCCCGGCCUCCAUCAUUCCAGAUUGGAAACCACCUCUGCCCAUCUAGCCCCAAUGUAUCCAGCAGCCGUGAAAAUCUGGAGCCUGAGACAGAAACGGAGUCAGUAGUGUCUCUAAGGCGGGAGCGGCCCAGAAGGAGAGACAGCACUGAGCACAGCGCCGCGGGCCACCGACCCAGCGGCCCCUCAAGGCUGGAGCGCCACCUGGCUGGCUAUGAGAGUUCCUCCACCCUCAUGACCAGUGAACUGGAGAGCACCAGCCUUGGGGACUCAGAUGAGGAUGACACCAUGAGCAGGUUCAGCAGCUCCACUGAGCAGAGCAGUGCUUCCCGCCUUCUCAAGCGCCACCGGCGGAGACGGAAACAGCGGCCUCCCCGACUGGAGAGGACCUCCUCCUUCAGCAGCGUCACUGACUCAACUAUGUCUCUGAACAUCAUCACAGUUACCCUCAACAUGGAGAAGUACAACUUCCUGGGCAUCUCCAUUGUGGGCCAAAGCAACGAACGUGGCGAUGGUGGCAUCUACAUUGGCUCCAUCAUGAAGGGUGGGGCCGUGGCAGCUGAUGGCCGCAUCGAGCCGGGAGACAUGCUCCUGCAGGUGAAUGACAUGAACUUUGAGAAUAUGAGUAAUGAUGAUGCAGUUCGGGUGCUGAGGGACAUUGUGCACAAGCCGGGCCCCAUUGUGCUGACGGUAGCCAAGUGUUGGGAUCCCUCUCCCCAAGCCUAUUUCACUCUCCCCCGAAAUGAACCCAUCCAGCCAAUUGACCCUGCUGCCUGGGUCUCUCACUCUGCUGCGCUGACUGGUACCUUCCCAGCCUAUCCAGGCUCUUCAUCCAUGAGCACCAUCACGUCUGGGUCCUCUCUGCCUGAAGGCUGUGAAGGCCGAGGUCUCUCUGUCCACACAGACAUGGCGUCUGUGACCAAAGCCAUGGCAGCUCCAGAGUCUGGGCUGGAAGUUCGGGACCGCAUGUGGCUCAAGAUCACCAUCCCUAAUGCCUUUUUGGGCUCAGACGUGGUUGACUGGCUCUACCAUCAUGUGGAGGGCUUUCCCGAGCGGCGGGAAGCCCGCAAGUAUGCCAGCGGAUUGCUCAAGGCAGGCCUGAUCCGACAUACUGUGAACAAGAUCACCUUCUCUGAGCAGUGUUAUUAUGUUUUUGGAGACCUCAGUGGCGGCUGUGAGAGUUACCUAGUCAACCUCUCUCUGAAUGACAACGAUGGAUCCAGUGGGGCAUCAGACCAGGAUACCUUGGCUCCUCUGCCUGGUGCCACCCCCUGGCCCCUGCUGCCUACGUUCUCCUACCAGUAUCCCACCCCACACCCAUACAGCCCUCAGCCGCCACCCUACCAUGAGCUUUCUUCCUACACUUACGGUGGAGGCAGUGCCAGCAGCCAGCACAGUGAGGGGAGCCGGAGCAGUGGGUCGACACGAAGCGAUGGGGGGGCAGGGCGCACAGGGAGGCCUGAGGAACGGGCCCCCGAGUCCAAGUCCGGCAGCGGCAGUGAGUCGGAGCCCUCCAGCCGAGGGGGCAGCAUUCGGCGGGCUGGGGAGCCUGGGGGGAAUGGGGAUGGUGGCCCACCUCUGUCCAGGGGCUCUUCGGGAGGCCCUCCCAAUCUCCGAGCCCACCCAGGACUCCAUCCUUAUGGACCACCCCCAGGUAUGGCCCUCCCGUAUAACCCCAUGAUGGUGGUCAUGAUGCCCCCACCUCUGCCUCCUGUGCCUCCAGCAGUACAGCCGCCAGGGGCCCCUCCAGUCAGAGAUCUGGGCUCUGUGCCUCCAGAGCUAACUGCUAGCCGCCAAAGCUUCCACAUGGCCAUGGGUAACCCCAGUGAGUUCUUUGUGGAUGUCAUGUAGGUCCCACGAGGGGCCAUAUUGGAUCUGCACCACGGCCUGGCCAGUGGUGCUUGGUGCUUGUUCUAUGACUGCAUGUCUUGUCAGUCAUAUGUGUUCAUCACUCCUUUGGUGCCUGGGCUCAGCUUGUCCUGUUGGUUACUGCCUGCUGUGACGCUGUUGCCAUUGUGACUUUCUAGCAGUGCCUGGUUCCUCCUCCUUCCUUGUGAGGGACCUCCAAUAAUUUUUUUAUCUUUUUUUUAAUAAGCCUGAGGGGGGUAAAAUAGAAUUUCUUACAUUGUUUGGACUAUUUUUUUAGUACACAUUCCUUACUUUAUAUGAAGAAUCCCCAUCUACUGGACCCUUUCUUCUAAUCCCAGAAUAUGAGGACCUAGUCCGUUCCCCCAGAUAGUUGUGCCUUGGACAGGGCUUGGAGGUCGGGGAGGGUGUGUGGUGGUCAGAGGUACGUUGGGAGGAAGAAGGGAAUCAAUCAGUCACCCAUAGACAGUAAGUAGUCAAAGGAAGCUGGGGAUGUGUUUGGUAUUUGGGGUUCGUGU